GAAGAAAGAAAAAACUGGUUGCAAGGCCUAUGCAGUUAUAUAGUUGUUGACGCAGCAGAUAGUUGAUGUUUGUCACAUUGCAAACACACACAUUCUUAUAGUUAAUAAACAAAAAAAUUAAUGAAUUUCACUUGCACUCUUAACAUUUUAUUCAUAUGCAUUGUGCAUUCAUCAGUGGCUAAUAGAAUGGCGGCAUUAAAUACAAAAUUAAAAUUUCCCUAUGAAAUUUCUCGAAUCGAUGAAAAAACCAACAGUGAACUAUUAAAAUAUUUUCAUGGGGAAAAAGAUGGUUUUGUGCAAGUCGGUCCAGAGAAAUAUUUCUUUCCGUUAAAGUACAAACAUGAGGCUGAAUCAUAUUACAAUUUUCAAGCCCGUCCUAAUGACGUAUGGGUGGUUACUUUCCCCCGUUCGGGUACAACAUGGACUCAAGAGUUGGUGUGGUUGGUGGCAAAUAAUUUAGAUUUUGAAACGGCACAAAAAAUGCCAUUAACACAACGAUUUCCAUUUUUCGAAUUCCAAUUGUUUAUGCAUCCCGUUAUUAAAGAAGAACUUUUGAAACAAAAUGCUCUUAGUGAAAGUAAUCAGAACUUUAUAGAGACCAUAUCAAUGCCAGGCUAUAAACUUCUUUCGGAUAUGCCAACCUCACAAAGGCGUUUUAUAAAAUCACACUUUCCAUUCUCUUUAUUGCCACCCAGUGUUAUGGAACAAAAAAGUAAACUAAUUUAUGUGGCUCGCCGACCCAAAGAUGUGGCCGUUUCUUUCUAUCAUCUAAAUCGUUUGUUUCGUACCCAAGGAUAUGUGGGUGAUUUUGAACGUUAUUGGGGAUAUUUUGAAAAAAGCCUAAAUCCUUGGAUGCCUUAUUACAGCCAUUUGAAAGAGGCAAUGCAGCACAAAAACGACUCAAAUGUUUUGUAUCUUCAAUACGAGGAUAUGGUGGCAAAUCUUGAAGGUUCUAUUAAACAAAUUGCAAACUUUUUAGAUUGUUCUUUGGACGAAUCGAAAAUGGACAUGUUGCUUGCACAUUUAAAUAUUACGAAUUUUCGCAAUAAUCCUGCUGUGAAUAGUCAAGAGUUGAGUGAAGUGGGCGUUUUGAAUAAAUCGCAAGAUGGCUUUGUUAGGAAGGGAGUAGUUGGUGCGUCAGAGAAUGAGUUUCGUAAAGUGCCUGGCCUUUUAGAAAGAGCUGAAAAGUGGAUAGAAGAAAAUGAAAAGAACAUUUUAAAGUAAAUAACUAGAUUUACAACUUCAACUAUAUAUUAGAGAUUACCAUUAUAUAGAAAAAUGUGCAUAAUCUACUUUAAAUUAACGUUUAUACACUUACCCAUGUCGGUAAAUAUUUACCUUAUAUAAUUUAAUAAGACCCAAAAACGUAUAAAAAUAUUAACCAAACAAAAUAUACUGGAACACAUUUACAUCCCUAAAAUCGUUAAUAUCUCAUAAAAGAAAUAUACGAUCGCAAAUGUUUUGAUAUUAUUUAAAAGGGAUUGAAUUACCAAUUAUGAUAGAUAUAAUUUU